UCUGCCAGGGGAAGUCCCUGGACUUCUUGCUGCUUUCAUGUAGGGCAGGCUGUCGAAACCUCAGUGGAUAAAAGACCUAGAGAAUGUGCAUCCCAGAAGAAGCUGGUCGAGGAUAUGGGAGCAACCACCAUGGAACAGAAGUCUCUCUGGGCAGGAUCUGCCUACAAACUGGUUUGCUACUUUACCAACUGGUCCCAGGACCGGCAGGAACCAGGAAAAUUCACCCCUGAGAAUGUUGACCCCUUCCUAUGCUCUCACCUCAUCUACUCAUUCGCCAGCAUCGAGAACAACAAGGUUAUCAUCAAGGACAAGAAUGAAGUGAUGCUCUACCAGACCAUCAACAGUCUCAAAACCAAGAAUCCCAAACUGAAAAUUCUCUUGUCCAUUGGAGGGUACCUGUUUGGUUCCAAAGGGUUCCACCCCAUGGUGGAUUCUUCUACAUCACGCUUGGAAUUCGUUAACUCUGUAAUCCUGUUUCUGAGGAACCAUAACUUUGAUGGACUGGAUGUAAGCUGGAUCUACCCAGAUCAGAAAGAAAACACUCAUUUCACUCUGCUGAUUCAUGAGUUAGCAGAAGCCUUUCAGAAGGACUUCACAAAAUCCACCAAGGAAAGGCUUCUCUUGACUGCAGGUGUAUCUGCCGGGAGGCAAAUGAUUGAUAACAGCUAUCAAGUUGAGAAACUGGCAAAAGAUCUGGAUUUCAUCAACCUCCUAUCAUUUGACUUCCAUGGGUCUUGGGAAAAGCCCCUUAUCACUGGCCACAACAGCCCUCUGAGCAAGGGGUGGCAGGACAGAGGGCCAAGCUCCUACUACAAUGUGGAAUAUGCUGUGGGGUACUGGAUACACAAGGGAAUGCCCUCAGAGAAGGUGGUCAUGGGCAUCCCCACAUAUGGGCACUCCUUCACACUGGCCUCUGCAGAAACCACCGUGGGGGCCCCUGCCUCUGGCCCUGGAGCUGCUGGACCCAUCACAGAGUCUUCAGGCUUCCUGGCCUAUUAUGAGAUCUGCCAGUUUCUGAAAGGAGCCAAGAUCACAAGGCUCCAGGAUCAGCAGGUUCCCUACGCAGUCAAGGGGAACCAGUGGGUGGGCUAUGACGAUGUGGAGAGUAUGGAGACCAAGGUUCGGUUCUUAAAGAAUUUAAACCUGGGAGGAGCCAUGAUCUGGUCUAUUGACAUGGAUGACUUCACUGGCAAAUCCUGCAACCAGGGCCCUUACCCUCUUGUCCAAGCAGUCAAGAGAAGCCUUGGCUCCCUGUGAAGGAUUAACUUACAGAGAAGCAGGCAAGGUGACCUUGCUGCCUGCGGCCUGCUCUCUCCCAGGAAUUCUAAUGUGGGAUUCCCCUUGCCAGGCUGGCCUUUGGAUCUCUUCCAAGCCUUUCCUGACUUCCUCUUAAAUCAUGGAUUGGACCUGGUUUUGCUUUCCUGCAGCUGUUGACUUGUUGCCCUGAAGUACAAUUAAAAAAAAAUUCAUUUUGCUCCAGUAA